AUGCCUCCCACUACAUUCCCACAAUUUCCCUUUCUACCCCCCGAGCUCCGCCGCCAAGUCUGGUCUCUCGCCCUAGGCAAGCUCCGACCCGCACUAUACCCCUUCCGCAAAGACUGCUGGUGUCCGCGCCAACUCCGCGAAGGAGACGCCAACUACGACGCAAACGCAUCCUACAACAUUGAUAUCGAUCUGCGCCACGAGCUCCUCGACCACGUCCCACUACCACCACGUGCCCCCCGCGCCGUCAACCGCGAGACGCGGGUAAUCGCUAACGAGUGGCUCCGCGCGGAGAUGAAAACGGUGGAAAUCAAGCAGAGACAACUGCCGCCAUGGACGUUCAGCUCUACGGGGAAUGUAAUGUAUAUUGCGUCGGACCGGUUGUACGACUUUUGCAUGGGUCCCUGGGAUCGUCUGAAUGAGGCGGACGUUGAGGGGCAGAUUGUGUGCUUUCAGUAUCGGCUUGGGGCGGUGGCUGUGUCGGAGGUGAUGGUUCGUGAGAUGCCUGAGGAUUUGGUUGAGAUUCUGGACUGGAUGAAUUUGGUGGAGGUGCUGUAUGUUGUUGUUGGGGAGGAGCCGGAUCUGACUACUGUUGGGGUGAGGGUGAGGUGGAGGUGGGAGGUGGAUGGUGAUGGGAGAACGGGAUAUAUCUGGGAUAGUGAUGAUGAUGGGGGUGAGUUUCGGUGGGGAGAUGGGGAGAGAGCUGGGGGAGAGGAGCUGUGGGGGGAAAUUGAGAGGUUUGGGUGGGAGAUUGCAAAGUGGUGUAGGAGUAAUGGGGUUAAGCGAUUUCAGAUUAAGCCGGUUUAUGCUGUGCGGUGUGAGUGA